CUUUUGGCUGCGAAAAGUACGAGCGAAAUGACCUCAGAAAGCAAAAUGAUUCUGCUUUUCCUUAUCGGUUGUGUGAUCAUGCAGACAAUCAACGCCCUGCCAUUCGAUAGAUUUAGCCGGGAGGAUGAUGAACGGCUCAACGAGAUCAGCGGAGAGUGGUUCAAAAAGCCCAUCCUCAGGUUGGAUCGUCUUUUUAACAGCGGUGAAUCGCCGGCGGGAAGUCGGAAAGAGGUGGCCAGACCCAGUAGAAGCGAUAAGGGUGAAACCACGGAAAGCUCCAAGCACGCCCACUCCAUGAUCACCUCCAUGCUCGGCUUUGUCAGCAGUGUCAUCAACCUUGGCAGAUCCUUGGUAAGGGAUCAGUAAAACGUAGUCUAUUACUGCUGGACAUAGAGUUUACAAGACAAGUCUCGUGAUUUCGUUUGCCAAAUGUUGUAGUUGUAAAUAAAGUUAAAAGAUCUAGUAAUAAA